UGGCUAGACUCUGGGUGGAGCUGUUAUGUGAAGGGGCCAAGUUGUGGAAUCUAAGGGAGGAACAACCGGAAUGCCCCAGCCAUUCAACAGUGUACACACACACACACACACACACACACACACUGUACUUUCUUGUUCUAGGAUACCAAAAUACCUUACUACGUAGAUUGAUUUGAAUUUUAAGUCAUGUGACAAAACCAUGCUAUUUAAAAUGCAGUGUGUGUGGUUUGAACGUCUUAAGACUGAAUUCAUGCUUUCCUUGCAUAACUGUAGAUUUCUGUAGUCUGUAGCCUACCCAGACUUAAGUUCAUACACAGCAACUGAAGAAGGUGACAAGUAUUUAGACAGCAGGCAAAGACUAUAGCUACUUUUGAAACAGAAGCUUUUCUUCCAGAAGUUGUCGUCCUUGGACCAGGAUUCAGUGGGGAAAACUUACAGUUUCAGGAGUAAAGCAGUCUGUAGCUGAGAUUGUGACUUUGUUUUCCUCAAGCCCUUCCUCAGAAGAUGGUCUCACAGAACAUGACAUGGAUAAAAUAUCCAAGCCAAGAACUCAUUAAGAUUGAAGAUAUCAUAUGGUCACAGAACAUCAUAUCAAGAUUUAUGCACAUCUACUUUGCACUCUUUGUCCCAACAAGUCUGGUUGCCGGCACAUUCAACCUGAUCACCUUCAUUAAGGGGCACUCUCAGCUAGGAAAACUGGACCUGUACCUCUUGGACCUGACUGUGACAAACCUUCUGAUAACCCUGUUUUCAUUCACUGCCAUCACUAGACCAGAUUACAUACCAACCACCAACCUGAGCUGUGGGGUACUCUCUUUUUUCUUCAACAUUUGUUAUUUCAAUGCGCAGUAUAUUCAGAUUGCCAUGUUCUACACGUUCCUGUUCCAGGAUUAUUUGCCCUGUCUGAGGGCGGCAAUCCUGAUCCAGAAGCCACUGGGACACUUGGGCCUUGUCUUUGCCUGUGCUUUCAGCAGCUCCCUGGGAGGCGCGAUCCUUCUGGGCACAGCUAGUUCUUUAUCCGACAGUGCCCUGUGCCAGGUUGACCCGUUGGCAGCCUGGCCCGAAUACGAGAUUGUCAAGUUCAGCCUGGGUUUUGGGUUGGCGCUAAGUAUCGAGGUGGUUUUCUUCAUCCUCCUCAUUGGGAAGCUGGCACGAAGAAGAGCCCGUCCACAGAAGGAUGACGCACGCGCUCACCUGAUCAUACUGACCAUCACCCUCAUCAUGUUUGCUUGCCGCCUCUUCUACAACAUUAUGCUACUCAACAGGGCCAGGCUCAAACUUGGGAGGGAUAAUGGCUCUCCCAGAGAUGAGCUCAUCAUGAAUAUUGCAGAGCUGGUCCUGUUUGGUGAGAGUUGUGCUGACAGCCUGGCCGUUCUCUUUCUUCAUAACCCAUGCAAGGUAGCCUUAAUCCAAAGCCUACGAAAUCUAACCAAACGGUGUAGGAAGGAAGAAGAGAUCCACCACAGCAUUUCCAUCUAGAGUGGAAUCUAAAAUGCAUCAGAAUCACUGCAUGGUAGAGAAGGGCAUCAACAUAAAGAGGUGGACACUCAGCCUUUUAAGAGAGCACAAGCUAUCUGCUGAAACUCCAAAUUUGCACUGCAAGAUCAAACAGGCAGGAUUUGAUGUCUUGGAAAGAGACUAUAGGAAUUUUGUCACUAUUGGAUUCCAGAUCAUCCACAAAUAUUCCUAAAUACCAAAAAGCACCUUCAUCUAUAUCAAAAAUCAUAAUGGAAGGCAGCCAGUCUUUUAGAAGUAAAACUGAUAGAGAUAUCCAAAUAUAUUCAAUAAAUGCAGGCCAGAAUAUAUUUAGAUAUUUAAGCAAUAUUUUAUAUUCCCAGACAACUGGAAUUAAGUGUCUUGCGCAGGGUCACACAGCUAGUAAGUAUUAAGAGUCUAAGCAGGUCCUUAAGUCCUCCUGACUUCAGGUUUAAUGCUCUAUCCACCACACUAUCUAGCUGACCCCCUCUCCCAAGUUUUUUUAAAAUAUAGUAUUCAAGGUUAGUUUCAAAGGACAAAAAGCCAAUAACUUUAAAAAUCUAGUGUUUGACAAACCCC